AUGGCCGACGGCGACCCGGCGUAUUUCAGCGGCCCCCUCCAGCUCAUCCGGAUCGACGAUGAUGGCAAAUGCCACCUUCAGGACAACGCCGCGGCUAUCCUCAACCAGAUCCCCGGCAGGCUUGCGAUCGUGGGGAUUGCCGGGCUCUACCGGACGGGGAAGUCCUUCCUCCUGAAUCGCUUGCUAGGUUUGCAGGAUGGUUUCGAGAUCGGCCCAACCAUCAACCCGUGUACGAAGGGUCUUUGGAUCUGGGGUCAGCCUGUGCAGCUGGCGCCGGACUACUACUGCAUCCUCAUCGACACCGAGGGCUUGGGUUCAACCCAACGCACGGCGAGUUGCGACAUGCAGAUCCUCUCCCUCUGCAUCCUGUUGUCCUCGUACUUUAUCUACAACUCCAUGGGGGCGAUCGACGAGCAGGCCAUCGAUGACCUUCACCUCGUCCUCCACAUAGCCAAGCACAUCCAUGUGAAGAGCCAUCGGCGGAACGAGGAGGAGAAGUCCUCGGACCUGUCCCAGUACUUCCCGCUCUUCCUCUGGGUUCUGCGGGAUUUCCACCUCCGUUUGGCGGAUGAGUCUGGGGCGCCGAUCUCUGAGAAGGAGUACCUUGAGCGCGCUUUGCAGUCUGUUCGAGGCCAAGACGACAAGAACAGGUUGCGGGAUGUGAUCAAGGAUCUCUUCCGGGAGCGCGACUGUGCCACGAUCGUUCGGCCCGUGGUUGAUGAGGCCGACCUGCGGAACAUCCAAAAGCUGCCUUACGAGUCCUUGCGCCCGGAGUUCCGCGAGCAGGUGGAAGCCUUCGUCAAGAAGGUGUACAUGUUCUUGAAACCAAAGAAGAUCGAUGGGCAGUUGGUGAACGGGGCCAUGCUCGUGGAGCUGGCUGGGGAGUAUUGCAAGGCAAUCAACAGCGGUGUGGUGCCGACGAUCCAAUCUGCCUGGACCUCCGUGGUUCAGCAUCAGCUGCGGCUUUCACUCCGGGAUGCGGUGCAGAUCUACCGAUCGAGGAUGAACGAGACGGCGAUGCAGAACCUGCCCGUCUCCGAGGAGAAAUUGCGGGAGCUGCACAAGGAGGCGAAGGCGGAGGGCCUGAAGCUACUGCUGAAUGCUCGUCUGGAUGCCGACCCAAGAUUCAGGGAAAGCCGAGCGCAGUUUUCUUCGCGCGUGCGCCAGCUCUUCGGGCACGUCACAGCAGAGAACCAGAGCGCGUCGCAGCGGCAGUGCGACCGCGUCGCGCACGAGCUCUACAAGCCGGUUGAGCAGAAGGUGCUGGCCUCGGGAACCUACACGAGCUUUCAUGAGCUUGCCGCCGACUGGGACCGGCUGAGGCAGGCCUACCUGCAGAAAGCGCAGGGCCCAGCGAAGGCCGAGGUGCUCUUGUCCCGCUUGGGCUCCCAGCUGCUGCAGAGCACGCAGAAGGUCUGGGAGGACUUCCACACGGCCGCCGAGGAGCGCAGCCAGGCUCUGAAGAAGCAGCUGGCCGACGCCGAAGCGCGCUUUCUGGGCCUUAAGCGCCUUGGUUGCGAAGUCUUGGUCUGA